GAAAAACCCUAAUGAUACAUCCAUCCAUCCAUCUGAACACAACAUCCUAGUUCUUUAAACAAGUCCUCGAACAGUUAUAAAACAUGUCGAAGAGAGAAUCCAAGGCCAUCUACUUCCAAAAGCUCAACGAUUACUUGAACACCUACCAAUCCAUCUUCAUUGUCAAUGUUGACAAUGUAAGCUCUAACCAAAUGCACCAGAUCCGUCAAUCCCUUCGUGGUGAGGCUACUGUUCUUAUGGGUAAGAACACUAUGGUUCGUCGUGCUUUGAAGGGCCUUAUCACUGCCCGUCCCGAAUUCGAAAAGCUCUUGGCUCACGUCAAGGGUAACAUCGGUUUCGUCUUCACCAACGGUGACCUCAAGGACAUCCGUAACAAGAUCGUCUCCAACCGUGUUGCUGCUCCUGCUCGUGCUGGUGCCGUUGCUCCUGGCGAUGUCAUUGUCCCUGCUGGUAACACUGGUAUGGAACCCGGUAAGACCUCUUUCUUCCAAGCCUUGGGUAUCCCCACCAAGAUUGCUCGUGGUACCAUUGAAAUUGUCUCUGACGUUCCCUUGGUUACUGCUGGUGAAAAGGUUGGUCCUUCCGAAGCUGCUUUGCUUAACAUGUUGAACAUCUCUCCCUUCACCUAUGGUAUGUCCGUUGUUCAAGUUUAUGACCACGGUGCUAUCUUCUCUCCUGCUGUCUUGGACGUUGAAGAAUCUCAAUUGGUUGCCAACUUGAUGGCUGCUAUCCGUGAAGUUGCCUCCAUCUCUUUGGCUGUCGGUUACCCCACCGUUGCUUCCGUUCCUCACUCCAUCAUCAACGGUUAUAAGAACUUGUUGGCUGUCUCUGUCGCUUCCGACUACACCUUCGAAGGUUCCGAAAAGAUCAAGGAAUACCUUGCUAACCCCGAAGCCUUCGCUGUUGCUGCUCCCGCUGCUGCCGCUGCUGCCGACUCUUCUGCCCCUGCUGCUGAAGAAAAGCCUGCUGAAGAAGAAGAAUCUGACGAUGACAUGGGCUUCGGUCUCUUCGAUUAAGUUCUGUAAUGUACAUUCAUAAUCAAAAUCAAAUUAUUGAAAUAAAUCUUGAUGAUUUGCUUUUUGUGUAAAAGCUUUUAUU